UUCUCCCUCUCAUCCCUCCCCACCAACCCCACCCACACGCUCACCACGCGCGUUACUGCUAUAAGGCUAGAACUGGCGAGUGUUCGGCUGAGCAAGAACUCGCACACUGUCACACCACGCCUCUCCUCCGGUAUCCCUCUCCAUCGCCACCAUUUCCAUGAACAGCAACCCCACGCGUCGCGCAUUGCCAGCAUCUUCCUCGCUGCACGUCUAGCACUCUAGCCAGCUAGAUCUCUCCGUCUCUUGGCUCUUGACAGGAACAGGACAACGUAACAAGGAGCAAGAAGUAUUUGCAGCGGCGGCGGCGGCGAUGGAGCUGGUGACGCUGCUGACGCUGACGCUGCUGGCGUACUCGGCGGCGAUGCUCGCGCGGCUGCUGGUGGCGCGGUCGCGGCGGCGGCGGUGCUACCUGCUGGACUACGUGUGCUACAAGGCGACAGACGACCGGAAGCUGCCGACGGACCUGUGCGGCGAGAUCAUCCAGCGGAACAAGCUGCUGGGGCUGGAGGAGUACAAGUUCCUGCUCAAGGUCAUCGUCAACUCCGGCAUCGGCGAGGAGACGUACGGCCCGCGCAACAUCAUCGAGGGCGGCGAGGCCCGGCCCGACCGCCUCAGGGAGGGCAUGGAGGAGAUGGACGAGACCUUCCACGCCGUCCUCGACGAGCUCUUCGCCCGGUCCGCGGCGCCGGGGGGCGUCGGCAUCCGCCCCGCCGACGUCGACGUCCUCGUCGUGAACGUGUCCAUGUUCUCCCCGGCGCCGUCGCUGUCGGCGCGCGUCGUGCGCCGCUACGGACUCCGCGAGGACGUCAAGGUGUACAACCUCACCGGCAUGGGGUGCAGCGCCACGCUCAUCGCUCUCGACCUCGUCAACAACUUCUUCAGGACGCACGCGGGCCAGGUGGCGCUGGUGAUGACGUCGGAGUCGAUCGCGCCCAACUGGUACGCCGGCAACAAGCGCUCCUUCAUGCUGGGCAACUGCCUGUUCCGCUCCGGCGGCUGCGCCUACUUCCUCACCAACGACCCGCGCCUCCGCCCGCACGCCAAGCUCCGCCUCCGCCACGUCGUGCGCACCCACACCGGCGCCUCCGAGGAGGCCUACAACUGCGCGCUCCAGAUGGAGGACGACGCCGGCCGCCCCGGGUUCCACCUCGGCAAGGAGCUGCCCCGCGCCGCCGUGCACGCCUUCGUCCACAACCUCCGCGUCCUGGCGCCCCGGGUGCUGCCGCUCCCGGAGCUCCUCCGCCUCGCCUGCGCCACCCUCUCGGCGCGCCUGGCCCGCAAGAAGCAGCGCGGGGGGAACCACCUCACCAUCCGCAUGAAGGCCGGAGUGGACCACUUCUGCGUCCACACGGGCGGCGCCGCCGUGAUCGACGGCGUGGGCAAGGGGCUCACGCUGACGGAGCACGACCUGGAGCCGUCGCGCAUGACGCUGCACCGCUUCGGCAACACCUCCGCCAGCAGCGUCUGGUACGUGCUCGGGUACAUGGAGGCCAAGGGACGGCUGCGCAAGGGCGACCGCGUGCUCAUGCUCACCUUCGGCGCCGGGUUCAAGUGCAACAGCUGCGUGUGGACGGUGGAGAAGCCCGCCGCCGACGCCGGCGUCUGGGGGGACCGCAUCGACCAGUACCCGCUCAAGGACGUCUCCAACCCGUUCAUGGAGAAGUACGGAUUCGUCAAGGACAUGAUGAACUUGUGAUCCCGGCCAGGAGCCAGCCAGCAGCAGUGAUCUCAACCCGAUCGACCACCCACAUACUGCUUCACCUCACAUGCAUGGACAGGCUCAGGCAAGGAGGAAGCAAUGCCUGCAAGAGAGGGUCGAUGGAUGGAU